AUGGAUACCCGGACACACGACUUCGUGGAGGCUAACCGGAAGCAUUUCAACGAAACAGCCUCAGAUUAUCGGCCCUCCAAGUCAUCUUCAGAAUUGGCUAGACGUAUUGCUCGCGCCGUUCUACGUCGCGAAACAUUUGACGAUGAAACGACAGAAGUUAUGGAUUUUGCUUGCGGACCUGGUCUACUCUCUCAACAACUAGCACCCCAUGUCAAAUCCAUAGUGGGGGUGGACAUCAGCCAGGGCAUGACGGACAUCUACAACAGCUUCGUCUCCAAUCAAGGCAUCCCUCCGGAGGAGAUGAGAUGCAUGUGCGUUGACUUGUCCACGCAUAGCCCCCAAGAGCUACAGUCCGGUUUCGACGUCGUAAUAUGUGCCAUGGCAUAUCACCACUUCGAGUCCAUUGCAGACAUGACUCGUAUUCUGACGAGUUACCUGAAACCCAACGGACGUCUCCUUGUAGUAGACCUGCUCAAAGCAGAAGAUAUCGACCUGGACGUCAUCUUCCCGGAACACAAGGACAACAUCGUAGCUCACAGAGGUGGAUUCAAACAGGAGGACAUCGAGGAAGCUUUCACAACUUGUGGAUUGCGACUCGAGUUCUGGCCCGACAUCGCUGUCAAGAAGAGCGGUCACGAUCUUCGCCUCUUCAUCGCAAAAGGGACCAGGGAGGAUAAAUAG